CGCCGCCGACUGACUGACGGAGGGCAAUUGAGUAUAAAACGAGCAAGACUAUUGGUGAAUGGCACAGUCUCACUGAAUCUUCUAGCUACACUUUGCUGCCGACAAAGUCACCCACUCAACUAUCAUCAUGAAAUCCUUCCUUUGCCUCGCCGUCCUUUUGGCUGCUGCCGUCUCUGCGGAGCCUGGAUACGGUUACGGAUACGGACACCGAAGCCUUGGCUACGGUUAUGGCCAUGGAUACGGACACGGCUACGGCUACGGCUACGGUCGCGUUCACAAGCGUGAGGCUGAGGCUGAUGCCGAAGCUGAGCCCGGCUAUGGCUACCCCGCCUACGGCUACGGCCACUCCUAUCCCGCUUAUGGUUAUGGUCACUCUUAUGGCUAUGGUGCCCGCUUCCACAAGCGUGAGGCCGAGGCUGAGGCUGAUGCCGUUGCUGUGGCUGAGCCUGAGGCUCGUUAUGGUUAUGGUGGAUAUGUGUCUCACGGUUACGGUUAUGGCCGUGCUUAUGGUUAUGCUUCUCCCGCUUACGGAUACGGAUACGGUCGUGUUCACAAGCGAGAGGCCGAGGCUGAGCCCGCUUACGGAUACCGAAGCUACGGCUACGGCUAUCCCGCUUACGGCUACCGCUCCGCUUACGGUUAUGGCUACCGUCAUUAAGCCGUUGCCUAACAACAACACCACCAACAUCAUCCACCUGAAGCAUUUCUUACAUCCUGACUUGUCGACAGCAACUACUGGAAAAGAGUUUAAGAUUCAUACGUGAAGUGAAAUGGGUCACUCCUAGUCACUGUUGACUAAUACAAACCUUUUGCACUGAAUAUAAGAGAUUUUAUGUGCCAACUGA